AUGCCUUUCUGGACGAACCCAUUUAAGCCCCACGACAAGGAGGAAUUCCUCGGUGUCGUGGUCCCCCUGUCCGAAGCCCGUCGUCACUCCCAGUCGCACCCUGGUGCCAACCAAAACACUGCUGCCAAUGAUGAUAAGAAACUGGACAGAGUCGGCUCCGAAGAGAAUGGCGCGGCAUCCAACCCUGAGUACAGUGAGAUGACCAUUGAGACUAUCCGCGCCGAGGUCGAGAGAGAAGUUGCCGCUUCCGGUCACGACACAGCCUAUGAUCGGAAAGCCAAGGUCAUUAACCUAGCUAUCCAAGAUAUCGGCAUGGGCCGCUAUCAAUGGGAGCUCUUUAUUCUCUGCGGAUUCGGCUGGCUGGCAGACAAAGCUAUUGAUCUGACUCGUCACGUGCAGGGAGUUGCCCUAACGUUGCCCCAGCUCUCUCUGGAGUUUGGCGUCUCUGCCUUGCACGUACGUUUCACAACCUGUGCGCUUUUCCUCGGUCUGUGCAUUGGCGCCUGCUUCUGGGGAGUGGCGUCCGACUUGAUCGGUCGUCGUUUGGCUUUCAACAUGACGCUCUUCAUCUGCGGUGUCUUCGGAACGGCUGUGGGUGGUAGCCCAACCUGGAUUGGCGUAUGUGGCAUGUUCGCUGCCAUGGGCCUUGGUGUCGGUGGUAACCUCCCGGUUGAUGGAGCACUCUUCCUGGAGUUCCUCCCGUUCGCGUCCGGAAACCUCCUGACAAUGCUCAGCGUGUGGUGGCCAGUGGGCCAACUUAUCGGCAGUCUCUUCGCAUGGGCUUACAUCCCCAACUUCACCUGCGACUCCAACUUGCCGUCCUGCCUCGACGUCGCGUCGGGCGUUCCCUGCUGCCGCAAGCAAGACAACAUGGGCUGGCGCUACCUCACCUUCACCCUGGGCGCACUCACCCUGGUGAUGUUCAGCUGCCGGUUCUUCCUGUUCCACCUGUACGAGUCUCCCAAGUACCUGCUCUCGCGGGGUCGCCAGGAAGAUGCCGUUCGGACGGUGCAUGCCAUUGCGUUCAAGAACAGGACCAAAACCUGGCUCACGGUCGACAUCCUCAAUGAGAUCGGCGGCCGUCCUGACGAAAUCCCCGAGCAAAAGCUGAGCAAUGUGGAAAUCAUCAAGAGAGCGUUGUCGAAAUUCUCCGGUCAGCGAAUUGGACCGCUUUUCGGUACCAAGAGACUUGGAUUCACCACGGUCCUUCUCUGGUUCUGUUGGGCGACCAUUGGCAUGGGUUACCCUCUCUUCAACGCCUUCCUGCCGCAGUACCUCGCCCACGCGGGUGCUUCCGGUGGCGCGACGCCGGUGAACAUCACGUACCGCAACUACGCGAUCACGUCGAUUGUGGGAGUUCCAGGGUCGAUCAUCGCGUGCUACACGGUGGACAUGAAGUACAUCGGACGCAAGGGCACGAUGGCGCUCUCGACACUGAUCUCGGGCAUCAUCCUGUUCUGCUUCACGAUAUCGACGGACCCCAACGCGCAGCUGGUGUGUUCGUCGCUCGAGGCCUUCUUCCAGAACAUCAUGUACGGCGUGCUCUACGCGUACACGCCCGAGGUGUUCCCCGCGCCCAACCGCGGCACCGGCACCGGCAUCGCCUCCUUCUUCAACCGCAUCUGCGGCCUGAUGGCCCCCAUCGUCGCCAUCUACGGCAGCAACGCCAACCCCAACGCGCCCGUCUACGCUGCCGGCGGUCUCUUCCUCGCCGCGUUUGUCGCCAUGGUUCUGCUGCCGAUCGAGACUCGUGGGAAGCAGACUCUGUAA